GGCAUCGGUUAUAAAAGUGUGAGGUAACAGGCAGAGUUUAUUAGUGCAGGAAGGGAGCCGAGUGUCGCAGUGUCAGCGGGGUUUUAUCUCCGUCCCUAAGGAAGGGACGAUGUUUCUGCAAAAGUUGUUCGUUUAUUUAACAGCAUCAUGCAUGUUCUGCUAUAUUAUAGCUCUGAGUGUCAGCCUCACUAUUUUAAAAGUUCUCUCGCCAAACCUCGCGAGGAAGCUCAUCCUGAAAAUGGGAGAAAAGGUUACCAUGACCCAGAAUCCCAAGUUUACCUACGAGGAUUGGGGCCUGACUUAUGGAUCGCUUGCAUUUAUUAAGGUUGCCUCCAAGACUAUGUGGCUUUCACUGGGACAAGAGGCUUUUGUUGGAGGAGAAGCUCCAGACUCGCCUGUGAUCAGCAUGGACGGCGAGAGAACCAGCAUUCUCAAGUACCUCAAAGGCAACAGACCGCUGGUGUUGAGUUUUGGAAGCUGCACCUGACCCCCGUUCAUGUUCAAGCUUGACGAGUUCAAGCAGCUCGUCAGGGACUUCGGGGACGUGGCGGACUUUCUUGUGGUCUACGUAGCUGAGGCCCAUUCAACAGAUGGGUGGUCCUUUGGCAACAACUUUGACAUCAGUGAGCACCAGAGCCUCGAGGACAGGCUGUCUGCAGCACAGAUCCUGCUUCAGAACGACCCUCUGUGUCCUGUGGUGGUGGAUGAGAUGAGUAAUGUCUCAGCCAUCAAGUAUGCUGCCCAACCUGAGAGGCUGUACGUGCUGCAGGCUGGAAAAGUCCUUUACAAGGGCAAAAUGGGGCCAUGGGGCUACAAUCUUCUGGAGGUGCGUUCAGUCCUGCAGAAGAUGAAAUAAGUUGAAACGCAUCGCUCCACCAGACUUUUCUCGGGAAAGCUGCUGUUGUUGAAAAUGCUUUGUCUGCAGCUGAUUGGAAUCUGCUGAUCUGACUGUGUUUUUAACUCUUUGUUGGCCCUGAAUCAAAACACUGUUAUCUCUAUGUGAACUUGUGCCUCUAUGGCAAUUACCACUGAAUAACGGCAGCUAUUAUCAUUUCUUUGCUCCGUUGUCACCCCCAGGCUCCCCUGCCACUUUAUAUAUACGUUCUUAGCUCAACCUCAGCUCCGUGUUUCUUAGUGACGGCCGCAGAUAAAACCGCUGGCAUCUGUGACCAGAUGAGGUGAAACACAGAAACGGUCAGCUUGGAAUUUGUUUAUAAAGCCUGGUAGAAGGGAGCUGGUGUCUUAAAUUUAAAUUAUAAAUUACUAGUACUGCUAAUGUGUUUCCUUUUUCUCCUGUCAUUGUCAGUACACCAGUAUAUUCUAUAAAAAUCAAAGAUUUAAGUAAAGAUUUAUCCACUCAUCACAUGUCUUUCGCUUAGCUGUAAUUGGGUUUCAGAGCUCCGUGGGGAAAAUCCAAACAUGCCUCGCUAGUGACACUGAAGAUAUGAUACAUUUGUAAGGACUUUGUUAUAAACCAACAAAAAGUAGUGAAUAACUGAACUGGGAGGAAAGGUAUACAUGGUUUUCAAAAGCUUUAACAACUGAAGCCUUAAGACUGUGGCAUGCUUCAAUUGGACUGGUUUCUGUUUCUCAUGAACAAAGCUUCUGCACAGCACAAUGCUGCCACUGCCAUGUUUCAGCAUGGGGAUGAUGUCUUCAGGUUAGGUUUGUGUUGACAUGUCAACCAAAAACUCCAGUAUUUCUUCCUAUGACUUUCUUCUUAUUUUCUUGACCGUUGUUGUAACAGGAAGUCCCUUAAGAUAAAACUUAUUUUUGGAGGAAAGCCUCCCCAUGUGGUACACCGGUGAAAAAUAAAAUUAUUAAAAAUAAUAAUUAAAAGGUGCUGAAAAACGUUUGUUAGAUUGCAGUAGCUGUUUGUUAGAUUGCGGUAUCUAUGACUAUUAUGUUGAAAGAUCCUCCCACCUGAACUACAGAUCUCCUCAGCUCCUCCAAAGUUACCAAGGCUUAAGCACCUCUGGCCUGAACGGUCAGUUUAGGUGGAUGGCCAUUGGUCUUGGGAGAUUUGUUUUUGUGUUGUACUCAUUCUGAUCUCAGAUGAUAUUCGAAGAAACUAGCUGUAUGGUCCUAGUUUGGGUCACUGUGACUCACCUGAUACCACCAGCCUACUGGAACCAACAAAAAAGUAGGGCAAAAUGGGGCCAAAACGGGGGAACAGAAAAGACUGUGGCAAAUUCACAGAGGACUUCUUAUUGCUUCACAGAAAGGCUCUCCAGGUGCCGAGUGUCUGGAGGCAAUAACAACACAACAGAGUGUUUAUCAGCCAUCUGAUCCUAUGCAGAUGUGCAAGCUUGAGUUGUGAAGCUCCACAUUAAGGUUGUUAUGCUGUUUAUUGCUCAACAGACUUAUCUCAGCUGAUUCCUGCAUUCAGCACUCUUGCUGUUAUGCAACAAGUGUUUGCUUUUCAUAGCAUGUCAAAGUGCAUAUCUGUUUCGCCUGGAAUCAGGGGAAGAAGCACAGAAAAACACCCGUUAUUACCAAUAUCAAAAUAUUAGAAUGCUGAUGUAUUUUCUUCAUUUCCAUAUAUUUUUACUAUCAUGAUAGUUUGAGCAAAAUAAAAGGUCACAUUGUUGCUUUAUGUGUCUCAGCUCAUUCUGUGAGGCCGAUAACGCUACAUUAUUAAGACGACAUUUUGUUUAUAAGUCUCCCACGUGGAUAUGAUAAAAAACAUGUUUUUAUGUCCUCGCAGCUUUGACAGCACAAAACUGUGUAGCUCUAAGUUUGGGCUGAGUGUGUUUGUCUCUGGCCCAGCCAGCUCACAUCCUGUGGAGGCAGGCCCACAGCAGCUCAACCCGGCUGACUUCCUUUUGUCGCGACAGGAACCAGAGUACUGUCAGAAUCUCCCAACAGUUGUCCUGUUUGGAUACAAACUUGGACAUUGAAAUGUGAAGAACAGCAGCCUCUCUUCCCUGCUCCGAGUCCUUGCAUGAGAUGCAGGUUCUACUUUAGUCCACCAGGGGGCAGUUUGUACGUUACAUAAAAUGUGCGUCUGUUUUCAAUCUUAGACCGAAAACGAGUAAAUUUGUACCAAUUGACUUUUAAAUGUCUAUUUCCUAUAGUUUUCAGUUCACAGUUUUCAAAGCCAGUUUUAAAAACUGCAUUUCUUGUACUAUGGAUGAACGUCUGAAUCAUAUGUGUGAACUGUGAUGAUCUCACACAGGACUCUUUACUUACUUAAUUUCUACAAAAUAAAGUUUAAACCCAUCCACCCCCUAAAAAUGCCUAUUU